AUGAUACAAAAGGCCCUGUGGAAUGAAAUAUACAACCCGAUUGAAGUCCCUUGGAAACCCUUCAACCACCUGAAAGUUAUUGAGACUCCUGGGAAAUCAAUCAGGAUAUUCUGGAUGAUGCAUCACAGUUUAUUUGAUGGCUGGUCGGUAGGAAUUCUACUAAAUGAGCUUGAAGCGAUUCUUAAUGAUCGUGAAUUGUCAGCCCCGCCACAGUUUUCUGACGCUGUUCAUUUCCAAGCACACGUCAAAGUCCAAAGCAGAUCUGAGAGUGUCAUCUUUUGGGAGAAAUCAUUAGCAUCAGCUCAUGAUUUGCGGCCUAUCAAUCUACCUAAGCCGGCCAAUGUUCCGUCGCUCGAAACCCGCCAGGACUGGUUAAGCAAGAGCUCGGUUAUUGGCAUCUCAAAAUCGGAGCUCGACAACUUCGCAUACGGUCAACGCGUCUCCGCAUCUUCCCUGUUCCAUGCCGCCUGGUCCUUGGUUUUGUCAAAAUACACCAACUCGAAGACCAUCUGCUACAACAGCAGCUUCUCGGGAAGAAAUCUUCCCUUGCCAUCAAUCGAAUCUAUUGUCGGGCCGCUGAAUCAACGAUGUCCGACCCUCACCACAAUUGACGAGACAGCAACCAUGGAACAUUACUUAAGUGGUAUUCACCGCGAGGUGUACGAGCUGAGAGACUUCCAAUGGUUAUCGUACGGUGUCUUGGAGAAGAUACUGGGUCAUGAAGCCCAUGAAUCGCUUCUCGUCAGUUCGAUUACUAUUUUCUUGGACAUGUCGCCUGACUUCGGCCGCUGGAAAGUACAAGAUGAGCAGAAGCCAGUCAAGCCUCUGGAACUGCGCAUUGAGCAGGAAGGCGAGACUAUCAAUGCGCACUUGCGGUACGACUUUGCCCUUUUCGACGGAGAGGCAGUGCGUCAGAUCUUAGCCGACUUAGAGACAACUUUGACAACCAUCCUUAUCUUGCCGACGCAUACAUUAGUAGCCUCGGUAAUCGACUCGAUAGAGCGUCGCAAAUGA